GUGAGCAUGGUGGGGUGGGGAGAAGCCAGGCAUGACUGCUAAAUACAGACUGGUGGGACGGUGGAGCAUCCCAUGGGAGGGGAUGUGGUUUUGCAGCCAGCCGGGACCGGGGUGCAGUUUACAGCCGGCCGGGCACAUAGCAGGGACACUGCAAAUCCCCCUUGCUCCCGGCCGGCUGCAAAUAUCCACCCCGCUCCUGUGGCAUGCUUCACCACCUGAGUUCACCAGCUGAAGCAGCGGCGGUGGUGAGGAGUGCAGAGCUGGUGCCCAGGGCCAAGCAGGGGCCUGCACCCAGGGUGGGGCAGCAGGAGUGCAGGGCCCAGGGCCAGGGCCAGUAGGUGUCCAUGCCCAGAGCAGGGCAGCAGGAGUGCCGGGGCCCAGGCUGGCACGGUGGGCAGGUGGGUAGAGGCGGUGGUGAUGAGAAGUGGUGAGUGGGGGGGCAGGCAUCAGUGCAGGGAUUGUAUUGGUGCCCAGGGCCAGAGCUGGCAGAGGCCCAGGGUAAGGCAGCAGGAAGGCAGACCCAGGCUGGCACAUGGGACUGGAGUGGCCAAUGGGCUAAUGGGGAGCGGCAGCAGCAGCGGCAAGAAGCCGCGGUAACAAAUUAUCUAUAUUUACAUUAAUUCCUAUAGGCAAAUGGGUUUCGCCUACUGCGGUUUUGCUUAGCGUUCGGGUUCUCUGGAACCAUUUAAGAGCGCUAAGUGGACGUUGCCUGUACUGUACAAGAUACAGGACUUGAUUUCCGGAGCCAUUUUCAAGCAAAAUGAGUUUUCUGCUGCCAAAACUGACUAGUAAAAAAGAAGUGGAUCAAGCAAUAAAAAGUGUAGCAGAAAAAGUUUUGGUUCUUCGAUUUGGGAGAGAUGAGGAUCCUGUUUGUCUGCAACUGGAUGAUAUUCUUGCAAAAACAUCUCAUGACCUAAGUAAAAUGGCAACCAUUUACCUGGUGGAUGUGAACGAGGUACCAGUGUACACCCAGUAUUUUGACAUCAGUUAUAUUCCAUCUACUGUUUUUUUCUUCAAUGGACAGCACAUGAAAGUGGAUUAUGGGUCUCCAGAUCACACUAAAUUUGUGGGGAGCUUCAGAACAAAGCAAGACUUUAUAGACCUGAUUGAAGUGAUUUAUCGUGGAGCAAUGCGUGGAAAACUUAUUGUACAGAGCCCUAUUGAUCGUAGGAAUAUUCCCAAAUAUGAUCUUCUCUAUCAAGGAAUUUGACAUGACUGCAGAUGGCUAAACAUUGAAACUGCAACAGUUGUGGACAGUUUUCUUAAAAUAUUUCCCACGUUUGAUACCACAGGACAGAAAAAAGAACUUUUAAAAGCUUGUGGUUUCUUGUUGAAGAUCUUAUUGGUCAUCUGUUGAAGACAGACAAUCUGUCAUUUAAUAUUGUCCUUUAAAUAAAGUUGUGUGCUUUAUUUA